AUGGCUACUCCGACGAGACCAUUAUUACUCAGUUAUGACACGGAAUCCGAUGCGCAGCAACAUUUAUCAAAGCAGUCCUUUUCGCAGAAAGUUUCAACUUGGAGAGGGAUAUUCGGUUACCUACCAUCAGACGAAACAUCAGUAACCAAGGCAUUCAAAGACGUCUUUUAUGAUCUGAACUUCUUUUUGAAAUCCCCUAGAACCGAUCGGCCGUUCGAAUUGAGUCUCAUCCGACAGGUUGUUUGGGUCGGUUGCUGGAACUUUUCUGUCCUCGGCUUGCUCAUCUAUUUAUGUCUGUUACCACUGGGGCUCAGCGAUGCUGAAAGCCCCUGCCAGCCAGAUGGAGAGUUUCGGUUCGGUGGGAUUGAUCGGCCUGGUAGGUUCGAUUGGUGGGCACCUAGGGGAUUCUUUCAGAUCACCCUUAGCUGGGGUCGCCUGAGUUUUGGAACCGCAAAGCUCGUGGACGUUAUCUGGGACUUGGUUAUAGGUCGGGGGGGCCAAACACUCAUGACUCUUGUAUCGUGGCGAGUGUUUGUCGAAUAUCUCCAACUCUCUCUUCUUACAAAACCGGCGGCAUACAGCACAGUGUGGCUUAUCAGGUUCCAGAAAGACAACUCCGCGCUCGCAACAUGGAAACUGGCCACUGGCUUCGCCAAGGUUGGACUCGCAUCCAAAAAGGUCAUGUGUUUCAUGAUUUGGACGGCAUUGCUCAUUCUUGCUUUCCCGACGUUUGCCAGUUCAAUGACAGGAUAUACGCCGUACAACAAGGCUUAUGUUAACAGCAGAAGUGGAAAGCUUAUUCAGUUUCCGGCAAUCGCCCCUAUCGCUUAUAUGAUACGAGAUGGGGAUAGAGUGGAUUCCCUCCACAGGGAUUAUCCCGUGUUAUGGAAAGGCAACUCAACAAUAACUUCAAGAUCUUCUACAGAGCUCUAUGAAACAUGUGAUGAGCCUCAAGACCUCUCUAACGUACAAGCUGACUGUCAGCUGCAGAAAGAUGUCUCAGAAUACAUUCAAUCUUAUGGAUUUGAGGGAAUGGGUAGUCAGAAAACCAAGCACGGCCAGAAAACCCAUUUCCGUAAUAAGACACUGAAUUGGCCUCCCCUCAAUGUCAAGGCGUUCUAUCUUCCUACCACGUUUUAUUGGUACUGGACGGCUAACCAUACCGACUCGAUAUCUCCAGCACCUCUUAAUCCUUACCCAGACAUUACGGCAUUGACGUUUCUUGUUGAGGAUGAGAUAUACAAUGUGAAGGACGUCCAAGUUCAAGGGAUAUGUCAACCAAUAAAGAAUGGAGAAUCUAUCGAAUAUCAAUGGGGAUUUUCAUUUCUUCAGUUAUUUGUCAUGGCUAUUCUUCUCCAUUCGUGGAGUAUUGGCCUUGUCGUGUUAUGGACGACCGCACACUUGACGCUACAACAAAAUGAUAUUGCAACAGUGCCUGAAGUCUGGAAGAGUCUUAUCAAGAUGACGGACCAAAUCAAGGAACAAUUGAAGUCUGCUGGAAUUAUUUGGGAAAAUUUCACUGACAAAGAGCUGCAAGACGAGAUUCAGCUACUUCUCACAGGGGGACCAGCUCCUACAUCGUCAGAGGAAUCUGAUCCAGAGAAACCCCUACCUCAAGGACAUUUCAGUGUAUGGCGAUGGAUGUGGAGGCACAAGUUGCGUCUUGUAGAAGGCAUGUACUUCGCGGCUUUCAUUUCCCUGGAAAACACUCUUCGUUCUGUUGGACUAUACUACCACUUCGACAAAGGGACUUUCUGCAUGGCGGUCGUUUUGUACGCCAUCGCAAGCAUGAUCAUCGCCUGUGCCCUGGGAGCGACAUAUCAGCAGAGACUAUGGACUUUAUUAGCAGCCAUUUUUUUCAAGUUUCCCCUUCUUACUGUACGACGCCAAAGAUCGCGAUCUUGUCUUACCGGGGUUCUGCCUGGGAGCAUUCCUCGCCUUCUUUCUUGGUUCCUCAAGGGGGAGUCGCGCUGUCUUGUUUGUGGUUCCUGUUCUUUGUAA